AUGGCGUUUUCGCUACCCUCACGUGCGGCGGCGGCGGCGCUGCUUCUCAUCCUGACCAUACUGAUUGACUGCGUCCUGUGCUCUUCUCCUGCGACGGUGGCGGUAGACGACGACCACCUGCCGAAUCCCAGCUGGAGUCGCACCUGCACCUCCCCGUACGAGGUCUGCUCCACCAUCGAGGUGUAUCAGUACUGGGAGGAGAAGAAGAAUCGCUUGAGUUUCACUGUGGAUGCAUUAAUGAAAGACCCGAGCGAGAAGGGUGUGCUCACUGUGUGGAUGGUGAUGGAUGACCCAGACAUCAACGUAGCAAAGGGCAUCUUUCGUGAAGGCAUCAACGUCGUCAUUGUGCACCCGCGCGGGUCAAGGGAAACGCCAUCGUUUAUGACGUGCGCCAAUACGUCGAGUCCCUACAACAGUCAGUGCUGGAUGUCUACGGCGUGUGCGACCGAGCUGGCGGCGGCAGCGAAAGCCAAGGACAAUCCUCUGAACAUGUCGCACUACUCAGCGGACCAGGCGGUGCACGAUCUCAACUGGGCACUGCGCACCCUCGGCGAUGGCCGACCCAAUGUGGUGUUGGGCCAGGGCCUGAGCAGCAUGCUGGCCAUUCGUCUCCUGCAGUACCACAGCGAUAUCAAGGCAGCAGUGGUGCUGCUGGACUACGCGCACCCGCUCGUGUUUGACGUGUACAACUACUUCGGUGGCGGCGGCAUGGAUGCUGCCCUGCAGCACAUCCUCGCGCUGUGCGAUGACCAGGCAGCGUGUGUGGGACGACUGGGCGCCACUGAGGGGUCGUUGAACCGUCUUAAGGCGGUCAUGGCUAUGGCAAAGAAGGGCAAGCUCUCGUGCGCAUCGCGGCUAAAGUGGACCGGCGGCAAAGGCGGUGGCGACGCCUUUGCAGGUGAGCUGCGUGCGGUACUGGCCCUGAUGCUGCGGUACCCCGUCUACCCCUUUCUUGCAAGCAAGGCAGAUCUGCUGAACUUGAUCCCGUCGCUGCUGUACAGGGUGCAGCGCUGCAAUAACAAGGAUGUCGCGGCGCUCAACAAGCUCUUCGAAUACUUGAGUGGCGCACGGAACUACGAAUGCCCUGACAGUGUCACCCUGCAGAUGCACUGGCUCGUGAACGACUUCCUUCAGGCAGCGCCGCCGACCAACGUUGACUCUUUUCGCAGCAAAGCAGCGGCGAGGCAUCUGCUCCUACCUCCUUCCAGUGCGCUGUCCUCGUUUCACGCUGCCGCCGCCAAGUUCCCACGUCUUUCUCGCAGCGCUGCCUCGCAGGUGCUCCCGGUCAAUGCUACACAGCAGGUUCUUUUGCUAACCGCCGACGUAGACGCACUGCUGCCCGAAGGUGCAGCCAGCCAGGUUGCCAUGGCCUUUCGCCAGCUUGGGAAUUCGGUUCAGCUGCGUCAGCUGCGAGGUAUCGUGAACCAACCUGCCGCCGCCCUUACGCCGUGUCUGGUAAACAAUCUGAAGAUGCUCAAGGAGCGUGGCGUUUGGGCGGAUCACGCUCAGUGCACAAUCAAUACCGCCCACAGGAUCGACUUCAUCAACGGUGCGACUGACGUCUACUACGGCACCGCUGACGCCUGGGACUUUGACAAGCCAAACACUGACGAGACAAGCGGAGAUCGUGGUGACGACGAUGGAGGCAAGAGAAGCCUGCGUAAUUUGUGGCGUCUUGUUGCCCGCGUCCUGCUCGUGCUGAUACUGCUCGUGGGCAUUAGUGCCGGUGGCUACUUUGCUUACCACUAUCUUGCGGCGAACGGCAUCUUCCGUUAUAGCCGCGUCAGCGACAACUUUUACGAUAAUCUGCACCAAUAG